AUGACCCCAACCGUUCUCGGAACAGCUGCAUCGACUCGCACCCAGCGAGUCCUACUCACGUUGGAAGAGCUAGGUAUCGACUAUGACUUGAAAGUAGUUGAUCUCUCCAAGGGACAGCACCACGACCCGGAAUACGUCAGAGACCAUCAUCCGUUCGCCAAGGUCCCAGUGUUCCAAGACGAUGGGAUCGAGAUCUUUGAGUCUAGAGCCAUUGCUAGGUACCUGGCCGUGAAGCAUAAGUCCCAUCUUGCUCCGCCUAGCGAUGAUCCAGGGGCAUUGGCAGCUUUCGAGCAAGCCGCAAGCGUGGAGUACACUUACUUUGAGCCUGCAGUUUCUACCCUAGGAUUUGAGCUCAUUUUUAAGAAAAUGUUUAACCUCGGAGACACCGACCAAGCAAUAGUUGACCAGCAAAAGAAGUUGCUGAGCACCACGCUUGACCUGUAUGAGAAACAACUGCGGAACCAAGAGUAUCUGACUGGAAAUAAUUACAGUCUCGUUGACCUCUUUCACGUCCCCUGGUUAGGGUUUCUCCGGAAUCGAUUACAUCUUGGAGAGUUUAUCGACUCGAGGAAGAAUGUGGCAGAGUGGGCUGAUCGCAUAAGCCAGCGAAAGGCAUCGAAGGCUGUUUCAGCCAACGCCGCUCAGCAUUAG